CUGCCUGCCCUAUGGAAUUUGGACUCGUGCAUCCCCACAGUUGCAUGAGACACUUAUAAAAUCUUAUAUUUACAGAUAUCUCUUGUUGGUUCUGUUUCCCUAGAGAACCCUAAAACACAGGGCCCAUUGGAGCUGUAGAAAAGCCAAGGACUGCCAGAGGUUGCUUUGUCUCAAGGUGAAGCCAUCAGUGGGAGGCUUAGUGUAAGCAGGCAGGCCCUGGAGUUGGACUUCUGGGUUCAGGUCUCAGCUUGGCCGGCUGAGUCACCUGGGCAAGCGUCCCACCCACUCAGGACCUCAGCUUUCCCAUCUGUAAAAUGGGCCUAAUCUUGAAGUGCAAACUUGGCAAUAGGGAACUGAACUCCCAAACCGGUGGCCAAGGGUCCAAAUCCAGCCUGCAGAUAUAUUGUACUUGGUACUCAACGGUUGUUUUAUUAUUUGCUUCAGAUGCCGAUUUGGAAAUUGGGAGAUUUCAAAGCUUCUCUGGAAGAGAAUGGGAAGAUCAGGCAAAGCUGAGCCCAUGUUCUUUGGGGGCAAUGACUGGCAGGUGAAUGGCUCACAUGGCAUGGCCGCCUGCCCUGGGCAGCCUCUGUUCUCAGGGCUCCGUGCAUCGCCCAUCUGACCUCACACAGCCCUCAGCGGUCUGUGCUGUCCUCACUCUCGGGCUCUGCCCCAAGUGACCUUUCCGGAACAUCGACUGAGGUCCAGAGCGCAAUGCAGCCGCUCAGUGGUGCGCUGCGGGUAGAGGAUGGCGAGAACACGUUCCCUCCACAGCCACCGUGACCAGACGUAACCCUGCCGACUGGGCAUGACCCAGGAGACAAGGGAAGACCCCGUGACUGAGGUGAACUUCGUAGCCUCGGGAGAGGGCAGUGACGCACAGUCGCGGGAUUGUGGACAGCCUACAGAAGUUCUCCUCGCUUCCUGCCUACCUCCCUGCCAGCUUCCACGUCUCGGACGCCCAGCAGGCCUUCUUCCUCAAAGAAGCCAACCAGGACCUCACGAGGAACGCCAGUCUGCAGUCUCGGGCCGAGCCCUUCUUCAUUUACCGGGCCAGGAUGCCCCCCCUGCUCAAUGCCAGCUACGGCCCCUUUUCAGUGGAGAAGACAAUCCUGCCGGAGCUCAUACUGAGCUCGACGCCCUUUGCAAGCCUGGGGAAGUUUCCCUUCAACUGGAAGCUGAAGUCCCACAUCCUCGACAGCUCUAUCUACUCCAACAGACCCAAAGUGCAGACCUUGUUUUACGUCACUGGGAUGGCCUGGGAUGGCGGCGACCCUGAGGACAGUCUGCCCUGUGUCAAGAUGUUCGCUUUUCCCGAGGCCAGGGAGGUGGCAGCCAGCUGCCGGCUGCACGGGGACCCUGGGCUGUGCGUGGCCGAGCUGGAGCUGUUGCCCGAGUGGUUUAGCUCCGGCCUGGACCUGGAGCCUGAAGAGGAGAUCCCGGCUGUGCUGGGGGGCACAGCCCUUGAGCUCUUCUUCAUGCUGUCCCCAGCCGACGACGCUGGUGCCUGUCCCCUGGAGGAGGACAGCAAGUGGGAGAACAACAUCGUCUCGGGUCAGGAGGGCCCCCAGCAGGCGGUCCCUGCCCGUGAGCGGAUUGGCAGCGUUGUGGUGUACCCAACGCAGGACGAUCUGAAGUGGUCCCUGGUGAACCUGGACCAGAACCUUGUCCUUUCGGUGCCUCUGAACCUGGUCCGGGACGGCGGCACGGCCACCUUUUUGGUCUCGCUGACCAGUGGCUCUGUAGCCGACCACUUUACUCUCAGAAUUAAGGCAGCCGCAAUUGUGAAGGUAACCGCGGUCAGAGUCAGCGAGGAAGACCAGUGGGCCGUCCAGGAGGAAAUAGACAACGGCAGCGAGCAGACAAGUGCCACCCUUACCUGCGUGGGCCAUCGCCUUGACCUGCAGAGCAGAGCAAAUGGCUCCUUGUAUGAGAUCUUGCAAGUGGACUUUGGAGUUGACAACAGCAGUGGCCUGGCCGGGGCCCAGCAGAUCACCUGGCAGGUGGAGUACCCAGUGGAGGCCUCUGUGAGUGAGCUGGUUGUCUCCGAGAUCUUUGUCAGCCAGACCACCUUCGUGGGCAUCGUCCCUCUGGCAAUGGACACAGAAGUCUUGAACACGGCCAUUCUCACAGGGAAGGCUGUUUCAGUCCCCGUCAAAGUCGUGGCAGUUCAAGAGGACGGCUCUGUGGUCGACGUGUCGGACGCGGUGGAAUGCAAGUCUGCUGAUGAAGACGUCGUCAAGGUUGCCAACAACUGCGAGUCCAUUUUCGUGAAUGGGAAGGAAAUGAAGAGCAAAGUGGACACGAUUGUGAACUUCACCCACCAGCACUUCACCUCCCAGUUAGAGGUCACUGUCUGGGCACCCCGACUCCCUCUGCAGAUUGAGAUCUCGGACACGGAGCUGAGCCAGAUCAAGGGCUGGAGGAUCCCAGUCGCCUCCAGCAGAAGGCCUACCCGGGAGAGUGACGACGAGGACGACGACGAGAGGAAAGGCAGAGGCUGCUCGCUCCAGUACCAGCACACCGCCGUCCGCGUGCUGACCCAGUUUGUGGCCGAGUCGCCCGAGUUGGGGCAGCUCACCUACAUGCUGGGCCCCGACUGGCAGUUUGACAUCACUGACCUUGUGACCGAUUUUAUGAAAGUGGAGGAACCAAGAAUUGCCAAGCUGCAGGACGGCCGGACCCUGGUUGGCCGGGAGCCAGGGAUCACCACUGUGCAGGUCCUCUCACCUCUCUCUGACUCCAUCCUGGCUGAGAAGACGGUGGUCGUCCUGGAUGACCGUGUCACCGUCGCAGACCUGGGUGUGCAGCUGGUGGCUGGCUUGUCGCUUUCCCUGCAGCCUCACAGAGCAGACAGAAGAGCCAUCGUCGCAACAGCAGCUGCCCAGGACGUUCUUCAAGCCCCACGGCAGGAAGCAGUAGUCAGUUCUUGGAUUUUGUUCAGUGAUGGUUCGGUGACACCUUUAGACAUUUAUGAUCCCAAGGAUUUUUCGAUUACUGUCUCAUCCCUGGAUGAAAUGGUGGUGUCUGUUCUGCCAAACAGUCAGUCCAAAUGGCCCACUGUGGUUGCCGAGGGCGAAGGGCAAGGGCCCUUGAUUAAAUUAGAACUUAUGAUCAGUGAGCCGUGUCAGAAGUCCAAGAGGAAGAGCGUUCUUGCUGUGGGUAAAGGAAACGUCAAGGUCAAAUUUGAACCAAAUUUGGAUGAGCAUCAAGGAGGCACCAAUGAUAUCGAGAGCAUAAAUCGGGAGUAUAAAGGCCACCUCAGUAAUUCCAUAGAACGUGAAGGAAACCAGGAGAGGGCAGUUCAGGAGUGGUUCCAACAUGGUACAUCUGUUGGCCAAGAGGAAAGUACCAACAAAAGCACAACCCCCCAGUCUCCCAGGGAAGGGAAGGAUAAGAAGCUGCUCAGGAGCGGUGGUCCGAAUGCCUUCACCAGCUUCCCCACUCGAGGGAAGCUACCAGAGCCCAGUGACCCUGGUGACCUGACAGUGACCUCCAGGGGGCUGACGGACCUGGAGAUCGGCAUGUACGCCCUGCUCUGCGUCUUCUGCCUGGCCAUCCUGGUCUUCCUCAUCAACUGUGUGGUGUUUGCUUGGAAAUACAGACACAAAAGGUUUGCCGUGAGUGAGCAAGGUAACACCCCCCAUUCCCACGACUGGGUCUGGCUGGGGAACGAAGUGGAGCUGCUGGAGAACCCCGUGGACAUCACCCUCCCGUCGGACGAGUGCACAACCGUGAUCGACAGGGGGCUGCCGUUCGAGGAGAGGAACUUCCUUCUCAACGGCAGCUCCCAGAAGGCUUUCCACAGCCAACUCCUCAGACCUUCUGACUAUGUCUAUGAGAAAGACAUUAAAACCGACCCUAUAAAUCCUUCGGGCCCAAAGAGGAAGAGAGUCAAGUUUACUUCCUACACCACCAUUCUCCCCGAGGACGGCGGCCCGUACACCAACUCCAUCCUGUUCGACAGCGACGACAACAUCAAGUGGGUCUGCCAGGACAUGGGGCUGGGGGACUCCCAGGACUUCAGGGACUACAUGGAAAGACUGCAGGACCAGAUGUGAACUGCUUUCUUACGUUCGUAUUCACCUUUAUGCCUUCUGUUUCUUGAAUGGUGGAGCAGUGAGCUUGAUCAGCAAUAGGGGAUGAUUUGACAAAGCUCCAUUGGUGGAGGUCUGGUGGGAUCCUUUCUAAGCAAGUAGCAGAGGCCCAGAGAGUUGAAGCAGCUGGGUUUUAACCUGGGCAGUGCUCCUACAACAGCCACAUGUAGGUACUGGAGAAAUUCUAAGAUAGCAGUUUUACAUACUGCCUGGUACUAGCUCAGUGUGAAGGUAAUAAACCUGACCCCUCAGACAUUGUUAGUCAUCUCGUGACAAACAGCCGUUUGGAGUUAGAAAAGAUUUGGGUGUGGAUUUUUCUAUUCUAGACCUUUUAAAGCACAGUGGACAUUUUUUGCCCUUGGCCUGAGAUGAGACAUAUGUGAAAGAUAACUGAAUGUAGCUCUCCUUAUUUGUUACGAGCACGGCUCAUUAUUUUUAUAUACAUUUACGCCUGCGCUUGGUUCCUUUGACCUCUGGAAUUCUUUUUGAAACACAAAGAGAAGAGAUUUCAGUCUUUUCUUUGAGAUCUGUUUGAUUUACACGUGAGUUUUAUUCACUGGGAUUUGCCAUGUCAUGUUAUUUCCUUGAUGUCCAGACAUGAUGUGCAGUGUUCUUUGGUUCCCCACACUUCCUUGUUUAGGGACAGUAGCUAAGAAGCUUAUCCUUGCUUUGUCUUUCCUUCUUUUCCUUGUUGAACUUCCUUCCAUCACACCUGGACAAGGUUUUUACUUCAAAUAUAAAUAAUACAUACUGUGAGGGAGGGCCGUCUCUUUACAGUUUUCUACAUGAAGCUGGCAACAUUAGAAGAAAAGUUGUGAAUCACAAAGAUUUAGUUUUAUCCUCUCCUUGUUGUGAAUUCACUGGGAACGCCUGGGUUUCAUUUCUGAGGGCAGCACAGCCUCAAAACAGCUGUAUGUAUAUGAGUGCUUUGUGGCCAACAUAAUUUAUUACCCCAACUAAAAUCUAAAAGUAGAUUUGAUAUACAUGGAAAGGAAAUUGCCUAGGAAAUAGCUGCCCAUUGAUCCUCCCUUUUAACAGAACAAAAAUAAAAAUAAGUAGAUUGAUGCUUCAACCCAGCAGAAUAAAAAUGCAUCCAUACAGUGUCCAAAAUAAAAUAGAAAAAUCCUUAGUCACGAUCCUGGCAAAGAUGGACCCUCUGCAGGGAGUGGGCUGAGGGAGAAAAGCAAUGGGCUUCUUAAAACAAUCCUAAAAAUAAGUUAUUGUCCCAGGGCACCAGGAGCAGUUGUUAAGAAAAACCACCCACAAUUGGGAAAUCAGGGGAGCAAGAGGGGGAAAAAUGCACCUCCCUGUAUAAGUUUAAACAGAAAAUGUUAUUUAUAAAAUAGCACGAAUGGUAUCAACAGAGCAAGAAUUCCAGAUUAGGAAAGUGUGCCAACAUUUUUAUUUAUUACGGUAGAGUGGCUGGAAAAACAGGCUGUGGACUAGUAUGCCUCAUUGCAAGGUGUGUUGCACCAUUUGCAUCACCAAGAAUAGAAUUUUGGGGCCCAAAAGUUAGAAGGAGCUACAGGAACCUGCGAGCACUUCUGUGUGUUCGAAAGGCUGAUGACUGAGCUCGGGAUUGGUUCCCGUGGACGGGGACAGCGCAGCCCCGACCCCCCCAGGUUCUCGUCUUCUUGGCAGCAGUGAAGCUCUCCCUGCAUCUUUCGCCCAUGGAACUACAGUGCAUUUACAGACAGUGCGCAAGUUACAGGUGAUGUGCACCUGAUAGCUGGGGUAGGUGGGCAGUUGGUCCUGUAAGAGUUACAGUGAGGCUUAGUGACUGAAGCUGGUAAAGUUCCAGAAAUCCUUCAAUUUAACUAGAGAAUGAAGCCAGGAGACCAAGGCAUUUGCUGCAGAAGAAAUUUUUGGUAGGAGGCAGCCUGCCCUGUGCGUGAGACCCCUAACUGAGCUGAGGACCCUGGGCCAAAUGGAGAGGCUCCUUAGAGGGAGAACUGACAGUGUCUUACAGGAUGAGCACGUGGAUGACUGCGCCGAUGAGCGUGUGAACUGCUCUUGGGCCCUCCACGGCUGCUUUGGGGUCACCUCCACCAAACCUUUUGAAUGGCAGUGGUAGUUCCCUUUGGCUAACUGAGGAGCUCUUAUUGCAAGGCAAUUUAAUUGAACUUUUAUCUGUUCUAAAUAUUUUCUGCUGAUUAGAAUCUAUGGAUUAUAUUACUUUUGUUUUCCAGCUAAUCAAAUUCAAAUAGGCACUGCAUCCCAAAAUAUCUAAAUUAAAAUGGGGUAGGGCAUAAAUUAUUAAGUCUUAAAAUCAAAUUCCCCAGGGCCAUACAUUUGCCUGAAUCUGUUGCACCUAUUUGUAGCUGAGCUAUCCAUAUGAUUAGUCUGAAUGACUAACUUGAACCGAACAGUGUGAAGCCCCUUCCUUCUCCCUAAGAAUGGAUGCUCCGACAUCCUGAGGCAGCACCAGCUGGGAAUUUGUAGGUCAUACGCAGGGAGUUUCAGAUGCCCCAUGGGGGCCACACAGCUUAACCCCACAGAGAGGGAGAGACGGCAGUUCCCAAGCCCCAAACAGGCUGCAGUGGAGGGCAGAGCACAGGGCUCGAAAGUCACCUGCCAGAGGAAAGCCCUGGAGUUUCCUCCUGGGUGCACUGCAUUUGACAGAAAGCGGGAAGAGAAGACACUGGAAGUUUCUCCCAGAACAGCGCCUAGCAAAGCCGGCAGAACACUGUGUGUGCCAAGAGAAGAGACACUUAACUUCCCAGCUGUUUUAGAUGUCACGCCAGCUAGGGUAAGUUUGUAGACUAUAACACUCCUUAAAAUCUAGCCAGGGAGUUUCUGUUUGAAACUGUCAAUGCAAGGAAAGUGAUGGAUGAAUUUUUGUCCCAUUGCUACAUCUGCAGACUGGGUAUUUUGUACCUUGAUGGUUUUUAAGUUUUGGUUAGUCUGCCUUUGUGCAUUUCAUUCGGCAUUCUUAACUCUUUCGGAAAAGCAUCUCCCCAGUGUUGGAAUGUUGAGGCCACAGCAAAGUCUCUGCCCAUCAGAGAAGGACUCUGGGUCCAACAGCCCGAACCGCAGAGGGUACUUUCACCUGAGCCCUACACAUCCAUGGCACAUCAUCUCCAAAAUGGGCUUGGUCCUCCAUUUCAGUCUGUGUAUGGACAGGAUAAACUAAGUAACCUUCUCCUCCAUUAAAAUUGUAUGUGUAUAAUGUAAUGUAUAUCAUCCACUAUGUACAAGGAUGGAAUGGAUGGUGGGAAAGUUAUACUAAACUAUGGGUAUCAGAUAUACAUGUAUGUAAUAUAGGCAGAAUACUAUAACAGUGCAAGGUGUAUCAGAAUAAGUACAUUUUGAAAUAAAAGCAUGCAAAACUGUAGCUUUUAAAUGUACAGACAUCCCACUCAAAAAGAUCUCAACUAAUGGAUAAAACAUUGAGAUACAACAUUGUGAAAUGCACUGGAUUGUCCUGGAGGGCACACAGCUCACCCUGGGGUUGAUGGAAAUGCCGGAACAUUCUGAUCUUACUCUUCAUUACUUUUGGAUUUUUUCUUUCCCUUUUUUUCUGGAAAUAUUUCAGAAAUGAAGUGACUUCAUUUCCCCAUAUGAAGGUAUAUUCUAACCACAGGGUAACUCACCAUUUUUAACAUAAAAAUAAACAUUUAAGUAUU